CAAACAUCUUUUGUCUUCUUGUUUGAUUUUCUUACUUUUCUUUUUUUUUCACGAGUCCAACAAAAUAGAAUGAAACUUCGAAGUGCAAGGAUAGCAAGUACAACUGUCAACUCUAUCGCCAAGUCAUCGUCUACCGCUACAACAACACCAGAACGACAACGAGGAAAAAGAAAGCAUGUGACAUCCUCAUUAUCAAUACCUUCCUCUUCUACUCGUCGAUCAAAAGUCAAAAAGGAACAGGAAGACGAUACAACGACGACGAUGGAAAAUGUACAGACAAUUGUGACUACAUCCACAACAAGUGUGAAGAAGAAACCGACAAAGAACGCAAAAAAGCAACAUGGUGCUCCUCUUGACUGGAAUGAUACUUUUACCAAGAUUAAGGAAUAUAGACAACAUCAUUCUGCAGUGGUGGAUACCAUGGGAUGUGAACGACUAGCACAGAGGGAUGUACCGGCUAAACAACAACGAUUCCAGACUUUGGUGGCCCUAAUGCUUUCAUCGCAAACGAAGGAUACUGUUACCAGCGCAGCAGUCAAAUCUUUACAAGCUGAUCUUCCUGGAGGACUCUCUCUACAAAGUAUUUUGACCGUUGAUGAAAGCACUCUUGAUUAUUACAUACGCUCUGUAGGCUUCCAUACCAAAAAAGCAGCCUAUAUCAAGAAAGCAGCAAUCAUAUUACAAGAUCAGUAUGACGGUGAUAUUCCCGACACAAUUGAAGGAUUGACAGCAUUACCUGGUGUUGGACCGAAAAUGGGUUAUUUGGCAUUACAGUGUGCUUGGCAAAAGAACGUGGGAAUAGGUGUGGAUGUUCAUGUUCAUCGUAUUGCCAAUCGACUUGGAUGGUGUCAUACAGAAAAAGGGGGACCUGAAGAUACAAGACUUAGUUUACAAUCAUGGUUGCCAAAAGAACACUGGCGUGAAAUCAAUCCAAUGUUGGUAGGAUUUGGUCAAAUCGUAUGCUUACCAAGAGGUCCUCGAUGUGGUGAAUGUCCAGUGGUGGAAUCAUGUCCUUCAGCCAGUAUCAAGGUAACCAAGCUGAACAGAUCUCAACAUCAAGCAGUUAUCAAGAAACAAGAAACUCAGGAUGGACAAGACACAAUCGCUUUGGAUAUCAAACAAGCUGAAGAUGAAAUCAAAGCGGAAUCUAUCUAUUUUAUCAAAAGUGAAGAUGAUGUAGGGAACAAGUUGAUCAAGAAGGAAGACUUGGAUUGGUGAUAGUGUAUACAUAUUUAGGGAAUGCAUGAACAUAUAUUUACUUUCAUUUUUUAUUUUAUUUUCUUUUUUUGUUUCCGAAGCAAAAAAUUUGAUAUACCAAUAAAAACAAUCAUAUCAAAAGAAACUGCUC